GCCUCGCCCGGGCGAUGCCUCAGCGCGGCGGCGGCGGCAGCAGGGGGGCGGGCGGGUAGCGGCAGCGGGGACGCGGCGCUGCUGCCCUGCCUUUCCCUGCCCGCCGCCGGCCCUUCCUCCGCCCCCUCCCGCGCCCCCCUCCCCCGCUCCGGUGCCCGACUCAGCCGGCCGCUCCGGGCAGGGAGGAAGGGCUGGGAGCCGCCUCCCGCUGCCCCCGGCCGCCCCCCUCCCCAUGCAGCCCGGCCCGCCGCUGGAAGCCCUCCCCGGGGGGAUGUUUCUGCGGCCGCUGCCGGGAUAACCGGCGCGCCGUCCGCCCCCGCCCCGGACGGAGGAUGCUGCCCGCGCCGUGGCGGGUUCCGACUCGGGCAGCAGCGGCCGCGUCCCCCUCCUCGGCUCCGGGCAGCGUCGCCGGGGAGAGAUGACUUCAAGGCACCAGGCGGACUGGAUCCCUUACAGUGUUCUGGAUGAUGAGGGGAGCAGCCUGCGUCAGCAGAAGCUUGACAGGCAGAGAGCAUUGCUAGAACAGAAGCAGAAAAAAAAGCGCCAGGAGCCAUUAAUGGUUCAGUCCAAUGUGGACAGUCGCACAAGAACACGUAGAAUGAAACAUUCAGAAGAACAAGCACCAUUGGUUGAAUCGUAUCUUAACAGCAACAGCAGCACCAUAUAUCAUGCAGUGCAGGAGGCCGAACAGGAAGAUGUAAAGGUGGUAGUGGAUGCCCAAGCUCCGAAACCAACUAAAAAAACCAAGGCAGCAGCUGCGAGCUGUCAGACUGGCAGCACCAGAAAGGAGAAAAAAGGGAAACACAAAGGGAUUGAUGGCCCAGCUGCUUUUCAAGAUGAUGUUCAGAAGAUAGGAAGUCAAGUGCAAAUUCUCACCGUUGGACAGUCUAGCCAUGAUGAAGAUGAUGGAGAGAAAAUGGCUAGUGGCCAACAACAGCAAAACAAACAAGAUCUUAGAACAGCAAUGCAAAAAAAAGAUCCCCAUGCAAAUACAUCCUGGUCCUCUUCCACCUCCCAAUCCAGUCUUGUCGCCCUGGAUCAUGUUCCUGGCAUUUCAAGCAGCAUGAAUUUUGAUGAGGAAGAAGAUGAGGAAGAUGAAGACAGCUCCAGUUCUUCACAGUUAAACAGUAACACCCGGCCUGGUUCUGCCACGAGCAAGAAAUCCAAUAAGGAAGCGGCCUCAGCCCCCAGUCCUUCUACAAAUGAGCCUCUCAUAGAUGUUGAUGACCUGGAGGAAUUUGCCGUAAGACCUGCUCCACAGGGUGUCACUGUCAAAUGCAGAAUCACAAGAGACAAGAAGGGAAUGGACCGAGGGAUGUACCCUACUUAUUACCUCCACUUGGAAAGGGAGCAUGGUAAAAAGGUGUUUCUGCUAGCUGGAAGGAAACGAAAGAAGAGUAAAACCUCUAAUUACCUCAUCUCCAUAGACCCAACUGACCUGUCUCGGGGUGGAGAGAGUUUUAUUGGAAAACUGAGAUCAAAUCUUAUGGGAACUAAGUUUACAGUUUAUGACAAUGGAGUAAAUCCAAUGAAAACAACAUCAAGCCUGGAGGCGAGUAUCCUGCGUCAGGAGCUAGCUGCUAUUUGUUAUGAAACAAAUGUCUUGGGGUUUAAAGGACCUCGUAAAAUGAGUGUGAUCAUACCAGGAAUGAAUAUGGACCACGAAAGAGUUUCCAUCAGGCCACGAAAUGAACAUGAGACACUUCUUGCAAGAUGGCAGAACAAAAAUACAGAGAGUGUCAUUGAGCUGCAUAACAAAACACCAGUCUGGAAUGAUGACACCCAGUCCUAUGUUUUAAAUUUCCAUGGUCGAGUCACACAGGCCUCAGUGAAAAACUUCCAAAUUAUUCAUGAUAACGAUCCUGACUAUAUAGUGAUGCAGUUUGGCCGCGUGGCUGAGGAUGUGUUCACCAUGGACUACAACUACCCAAUGUGCGCACUACAAGCCUUUGCUAUUGCCCUUUCAAGUUUUGACAGCAAGCUGGCUUGGAAUUGGCACGAAAAGGAAGCUGAUGUGCAGUGAACUCCUGCACAAGGGUGAGAAUGAGGGGCUGGGGAAAGGCAGAGAGUUCAGCUUCUUGGGACAGUUUUGCUGCCAGCACAUUGUGUAACUUCACUCUCACUGCGUGUUCUUCCCAGCCAGGUAUUUUUUUAACCUGUAAGCAUGCCAGGAGGAAAGUGGUGACUCAAAUUCCCAUCAUCUUAACAGAAUCAUACAGGGACAUCAGCCAACAAGCUGCUGAAGAAAAAAUACCCCACCAUAAAUUGAGGUCACUUACAGGGAGAUGUUAACCAGGGGGUAAGAGGAAUGAGGAGCUCUCAUUAAAUCUGGUUCAGUUACAGUAGGAUUUGUACCUAGUGGCCUUUGCCAAAACCCUAAUUCCUCACUGUUGUUGAGCAAGGUACUGGAUUAUUUUGAUUCACUUGACCAUUGCCAUCUGCUCCGGAAGCAGUUGCUUUUAAUUUAGCAUCUAUAUAAUUUCUGAUGGACAUUUGCUGGUGAAGGUCACUACUGCAUGUCAAUGCAAGGCGAUAUCACAAGUUUUCCAGCUCAUCUCCAAAUUUGUUUUCCUAACUUGGUAAAGUCACAGCAGGUUCUGUCUUAAUGUACAGUCAUGCCUGAGAUUACACCGUCCUCACAAGGUUAGAUUUUCCUCCACACCAGCAAUAAAAUCUUGGCACCAGUAUAUAUUUUCAGAUAUAUAUGAAUACUAAAGUAACCCAGGAGUAAUUAGUGGCGCAUUCAUAUUAGUAGUAGCUUCUGCAGGGCCUGCAUGUCAACGUGCAACAGGGCAUAACCUUGUUUACUCAGUGUGACAGAGCAUAUAAUGGCACCAAGCUGUGUAUUUCCUUCACAUAGCCCUAGUGAGUAUUUGGAUGCAGUAGUUUUAAUAUUAUUUAAAAUCCCAAUAUUGAUGAUUUUUUUGCAUCUGCUGUUGAUUUUGGCAGAGAGUUGUAAACAAAAUUCCUUGCCUGAAUUGCUUAUAGGCAAAUACUGCAUGCUUUAAUGAGAGUUCUUAAUCUAACUUGUCACUCUGUUUACAUCAAACAGUUUCUUCCUGGCCCUUUAUCUAAUUUUAUUUAUCUCUGAUGUUCUGUUCCUUCUUAUUCUUUUCACAAUCCCUUUAUCUUUUCUUCAAGGAUGUGCAACUUGGAAGUGUUUAUUUUGACAACAUUACUACUCAGUGAUCUCUCCACAGAUGAAUAAUGCCUUUGGUGCACAUCCAGUGAUGCUCUUAUAAUAGAAGCCUUAUCAGAGGGCUGAAUUUGGCCCUUUGGCUUUUCAGUAGAGUAAAUUAACACAUUAAAAGGUAGCAGAUAAAAAAGCUUGCCUAAAAUAUAAUCAGAAUUUUUCUCAGUAAAUAUUUGGUUACUAGAGUUUCCAAACCAUUGGUUGCAAAUCAAUGAGCAGAACUGUCCACAAGCCUGGAGGCAGACUGUUAAACAGAUUCCCUUUGUAGUCCUGCCUUAUUUUUCCUUUUUCAAAAGGUUGAAAGUGAUUUUGUGAGCUGAAGAGUGUUGGUGCCCUAAAAUAGAGUUUAUUUUUUAAAAGCUAGACAUCACUCCUUUUGCAGGAUAAUACAUGGCACAUAAAAUAGUAAUGUUGUAGGCCACCGUUACAAAUUCUGAUGCCAAGAAGUCUGUGAGAAUGGUUUUGUAAUAAUUACUAGGUAAAUCUCUCACUAUCCAAGUUGCCUUACAAUAGUGCAGGAGUUCCCAGCUGGCUGUCCUCAUGAGGUACUAGAACUGAAGGAGCUUUAGUGAAAAGGGCUCUGUAAUAAAACCUGCUGGCUGCAUGGUCAGGAAACAUUAUCGUGGAGUCAAAUGACACCACUGAGUUUUAUUGGUCAUGGUGAACCAAUGCCAUCAAUUUGAACUUUCUGGUUUUUUGCUCCCUUUUGAUGAACAAAAGGAGGGAUUUUCAACAAACAGAGACAUCGGUGAGGUCUCUAGAAGUACUGAGCAUUAGACGUACUUUUCUACCUACAAAAAUCUUACCCUACCUGAGUGUUGCCCAUUAAAAAAGAAGGAAAUCAACCCAGACCUUAGCAUAGAAAAUCACUCCCGUUCUUGUAUCUUAGCUUUUUACAAAUUUUAUUAUUAAUUUAUUAGUGAUUUCACAUAUGUAUACAACAAGGACUGGAUGUCACAUGGCAAACGUGUUCUUGCCCUGAAGAGAUGAUGACUCUAGACCAGUAUCAGAAUAUUUUUUCUUUGGUUAUUUUAGUAGGAUAGGACAGGGGCUUGCCUGGUGUUUUGGGCACAAAGAGUUUCUCCUGGUGUGUGGCAGGUGUCAGAGGAAAGAUUCUGGGUUUGAUCGUGUGGCAUUCUAACUAGUUCCCCAAUACUAUCCCAUUGCUCUCCUAAAACAUUUGCAAGAUUUUUCAUGGUUUUAGAGCAGUAUGUGUUCACCAAUAAAAUAUCUUUGCUUGGCAAAUAAGGACAGCAGAUGUGAUAAAGCAGCGGUCACCUUUAUUAGAAUUAUGGGCUGAUGACUCAGAUUUCUCAAAAGGCCUCAUUUUGAUUACUAGAAGAAAGUAGUUUUAUACAUAUAAAUCUUGCACUAGAAUUAAUCUAACUGUAGCUGUAGGCUUCUCUUGUAUGUGCUACUUAAUGAAAACGGGUUUCUGUUGUUCUUCAUGUAUGAAAUGUACCUUCCAGGGUUCUGCUCUGUAAGUGUUUGAAAUUAAUUGCGUAGAUAUUUUUCAGUUCUUUCUGUGGCUCGUGAAGGAACUAAGAAAAGGAUUUGCACAACUAUCUCGAUGUUUUGGUAUUUUGCUAUGAACUAUAGCUCAGUAGCUGAUACUCACAAAUGCCUGUAUAUUGGAUGAAAAUGCAUUAAAACUUAUUUUAUAUGUUGUAUUUUAUUUAACUGCCUGGAAAUUUUAGAUUCCUCUUUUUCAGUAAGGGUAUGUUUAUCCAUACCUUCACUGAGAAGACUUGAAUUAACUGGCUCUCUUAAAACUGUUUAAUGGAACCAGUACACUGGUUUGCUAAAUUGCUUUAGGAGGACAGAGUUCAGAAAACUUACGCUUACGUUUUUGAGAAAAAAACCCCUUCCUAUUCCUUUUAUAAUUGGAUUAUGCAAUAACACUGAAAGCUUAUCAUGGUUUUAUUUAAGUCUACAAUGGCAGUGUGAAAAUUACUCUGACAAAAGCUUGCUAGCACAUGAACUCGAAUGAAGUCCUACUUGAGAGUCAGAACCCAGCAAGUACUCCUGCAUCUAUUCUGUGCUUAGGUACUGCUUGCAUGCAAAAAAAGUCCUGAAGAGUCGCAAACCUGUGUUAAAAUCAGCCUAGUCUUUUAGGCGGUCCAACAGCUGUUAGAACACAGGCCUGGGGAUCAGGUCACCUGGGUUUUAAUCCCAGCUGACUGUGUGACUUUGUGCAAAUCUUGUAACCUCUUUGUGCCUCAGUUCCAACGAGUUGAAUGGAAAUAAUAGUUUUCGGACCUGCCUGUGUCUGUCCCUGUUCCACUGAGAGGCUUCUCAGGAGUGUUUUGAGGCUGGUGGAUGGCAGGUGGUGUUGGCGUGUUAAGUACCUUAUUUAAUUCUCACUGAACGAACCACAGUAAAAUAUGAACAGUUUUCUGCCACCUGUGUAGAAACGGAAUAGCUAACCAAUUUCUUACGAUAAAAUCUUGACACUCUUGAAUUCUGUGGAAAUCUUGUCAAUGAUUUUGGUGAGGCUUGAAUUUUUUACCUUGUGUCAUUUUUGGUCACUAAAUGUGCAGAAAACACAGUAAGGACAAACCAUCUGAUACCCUUUUCCUUCUCACAGUGAUGUGUUGUUGGUUAUGUUUUAGUUUGCACCAUCAGUUGUUUUAAAACUAUUAUUCCUGAACACGUUGCAGAGGUUCAGUUAAUGCAACCACCUAUUUAUGCUUUUAUGUAGCAAACUGAGACCCUCGGUGAUUGUGCUGCAAAUUGCCUUUUUGUACUUCUGUUUUGUUUUUUUUUUCCUUGGAUGUGACUCAGCUGUUCAAAACUGUUGAUGCUGCAGACUUUGACUCUGUCACGCACAUCUGAUUUAAAAACAAUGAGUCUCAUGAUUUAUGACUACCUUUAUACUCACAUAGGAUGUUUACAAUGCAAUCUGUUUCUCACAUUUCACCCUAUAUCUGUGGCUUCUUACUGAGGUUAUCCCAGUUGGCACAAUGCCAUUAGAAGUAUCAGUAAUUUAUGAAGUGAACUCUCUCAAAGUAACAGAUUGUAAUUUAUCAACAUUUUUAUCGAUUUUAACAUUAAAAUCUAGCUGAUUUUAAUGCUUACAGAUUGGGUGAAAUUACAAGGAAAUUAUUUGUUCAAAAUUGUCUUUCCUUAAGCUUGUCUUGAAGUUUGAACUCUCGUUUAAGCAGUAAGCUCCUGGUCCUGCAGCUCCGUCUGUGCAAGCAGAAUAGAGUUUGGCCUAUGCAGACUGCCAGACUUUGGCUGCAGGAAUCUGUCAGUGUGGUGAGGACACAGUAAGUGAUGGGAUGUCCACAAUCGUAACAGGAGUGCACUUCCCAAUUCUCUUAGGCAUUCUUGAACAUCACGUAAGAAAUCAUAUACCUUUCCUAUGUUGACUUACCAAAUAACUGGGAAUAUUUUCACUUCCUUUGAAUUUAUUUAAUUGUUUUUAAAGGCUGUGCUUACUGUCUAGGCAAGUGUAAUUUUAUCAGACAUUUAGUCUUGAUGUCUUGGAAAAUUAUGUCAUGAGACUGCUUAUUUUGCCAGUGCAGAAAAUCUCACAAGUACACAAAACCAGAGUAUGUUUUGUGACAGUGGGCUUUGGGCACUGCUCACGCUAUGAAGUUCAGUGUUCAAACAAGUUGGUGAGCUCUGGCACCUUGUAAAAGGAGAUUUUCAUUCCAGUCUGGGGACAUCAGAAGAUAACCCAAUUGUUAUGAUCCUGUUCUCUUCCCUAGGGAGAAUCUCCUGUCCUUGCUGGCUAGAACUAUAUUGAUCCUGAUGUGUCUUUAAACAUUAUGGUAUUUUUUAGCUAUUCUGAAAACGUUUUCAAAGAUGUAGUUUGAGCUCAAAGAAAAUAGUCACUGAAGUCGCUAUAGGUGUACCAAGUUGAUUUUGUUGAGAGGUAGCUGCUUUUUCCAGCAAUUUCUCAGUUGACGUGUGAGCAGUGCUUGAUAGUCCUGCUGGAAAAACACAACAUAGCUAUUCUAAUACGCUUUCCUUGUGUUUUGCCUUAUGAUACUGCUUUUUUGUGCACCACUACGUUUAUUUCUGAAGGUCAGUACUUCCAGUGCUAAACACAAAUAGAGCAGUGUUUUCUACUAAAGUCUCUGCCUCAUUUUCUGCUGCCUUACAUGUGGAGAUAUGGUAUUUGAUACUAAAAAUAGAAAGUUUUCAUCUAAGAAAAAAACCCAGGAUUUCUAGGCAAAAUCAUUAACUUCUAGUGCUAUGUGCCUGGAUUGACAGACGGCUUUUUUUCCAACCAGGAAUCUUACUACUGGCAGAGCAGUGUGUGCCAUGAAACAUCCUGUGAUACCCUGUUGCAUACUACAUCUGGGACACAGUCUGAGGACCUGGUCCAAAGAUACAGCCCUCUCUCACCAAAAUGGCACCACUUUCUUUUUUUUUUGGGGGGGGGGGCGGGUAUGCUGAUACUUUUAUUCUUAUUGCAGUAUCUUCCAUCUUGGGGCCAAUCCGUGAUUAGGUUAGUAAAUACCAGCCUUAACAAACAUCCACAGACUAAAAAUACUUCACAAAGAUGCUACAUGUCAGCUAGUAAAGCCUUACAGCAGUUCAGGAGCAGCAGGUAAGUAUUAGUAUCCUUUUGAUGGCAGUGAAGCUCUAAUUUGCGGUUUAUAAAAGCAAACAGACAAAGAAACAAAGAGUAAUUUUUAGAGCUGGCACUAGAACUAAGUUCUUAGUCCCUAAACCUGUGUUCUAGCUAUUGCCAUGGGUGACCAACUAGUAGACAGAGGGUCUCUGUUUUGAACUUCAUUGUGAAGAAUAAAACUGUUUCACUUCAGUUUGGAAUACUGGAAAACCAAACCACAUUACUACAGAGAGUUCUCAUCAGGCAAUUGAAAUUACACCAAAAUCAAAUUUCAUGCAUAUUAAUUUAUAAAGAUGGCCCAGAACAAACAUGAGGGUGCUGUGCAAGUGUCAGGAAUUGAAAAGUUGCUCAGCAAAUAACUUAAAUCAGGCCCGCUUUUUCCCAAGUAAAAAAAUCAAUGCGGCUGUAUUUCAUCCCUAACUGUAUUUAUCUGGACAUUCAGUGUCUCAUAAUGUAGGCUGCAAAUAUAAAAAUGCUGUGUACUGUGAAUUCUAACUUCUGGUUUAAAGUAGGGCUACAGCAGUGAUGCUUACUCUUAGAAGAUUUGUAACAAUGUCAUCCUAAAAAGCUGAUUGUGGAAUAUGGCUCUUAAACUAUGACGGAUCCUCAAGAGUUACUGAAUUCAAUGACACUAUGACAAGGGGUUUUGUUGUUGGUUUUCUUUUCUUCUUCUUUUUUUUUUUUUUUUUUUUUUUAAAAAAGAAACCUGCUUUCAAAUGCACUGGUUAUUCUGUCUUUUGGACUACAUAGCACAAAUCCAUGAGGAUGAAUCCCUAUUUAGUAUCACUUCAAAUACUUUCUUGGCAGGUGGUAGAUGCUUUUCAGCUUCUUAGUAAUCUGUGUUACUACAAUUUCCUUGUUUUGUUUUAAGCUCCCUGAUAUUUUUUUUCCAUCUAUAACUUUCUCUUGUUUCAAACACGUACAGGUUUUUCCAUAUGGAAACACUCCAGAAAGUGAAGUCAGUGAAACCUAUAAAGUUAAUGUCUGUGAAUUAAAGUGUGUUAAAGCCC